GGCCCAAGUUCAACUAGUGCCGAAACUCUUCUCUCUCUCUCUCUCUCUCGGAGCAAAGCAAAGGCAGCAAGCAAUGGCUCUAUGGAUGGAAAAAGGUUCAGAACCUCAUACGGAAACAGAGAUAGCAGACCUUGACGCCAUCGCCGCCCUCAAACAGUCCGCAGCUAUCGAACUCAAGGAAAAGGGCAAUGAAUAUGUCAAGAUGGGCAAGAAGCACUAUUCCGAUGCUAUUGAUUGUUACACCAGGGCCAUAAAUCAAAAGGUUUUAAGUGAUUCUGAGAACUCAGUCCUCUUUGCAAACAGAGCUCAUGUUAACCUACUGCUGGGGAAUUAUAGACGUGCUCUAACGGAUGCCAAGGAGGCAAUUAACCUCUGUCCAACAAAUAUUAAGGCACUGUACAGAGCUGUCAAAGCAUCAUUAUCUCUGAAUCUCUUGUCCGAAGCGAAACAAUAUUGUGAGAAAGGACUUCAACAGUCCCCAGAGAAUGAGGAAUUAAGGAAGCUUGCCAGACAAAUCGAUUUACGAAAGUCGGACUGUGAACGCCAUGAAUCUCAAAUUUCCAAGGCUGUGGCAGCGGCUGAGGGUAUUGUUUCUGCUAUCGAAGAGAGAAAUCUGAAAAUUGGGAAGGCUAGUUUUCAAGAACUUACUGGAUCGAAAAAGCCCAUAUUAGAUGAAGAUAACAUUCUUCACUGGCCUGUUGUUCUUCUUUAUGCAGAAGUUAUGACUAGUGACAUUAUUGAGGACUUCUGUGAGACUGACAUGUUUUCAGCUCAUCUGGAUAUGAUGUUUUCAGAAAGUUGUCCACCAUUGCCUUGGGAUAAAGAAAAAGCUUAUUCUCGAGAUGCUGUUGAACUUUAUUAUGAGGUUGGUUCUGGUGUUGGCUUAUCAAGGAAGGAAAUUCUUCGGUACCUCUUAGAGGGGACUGCUGGUUCACAUAGUGAAAGCUUUGGGGACGAUGAGAAACAUGCGGGUGAUAGUUUAAAUCAUGGAAACUCUACAGGGAGGAGUCCUAAAUGGGUCAAAGUAAAUGAAAUGAGCACUCUGUAUAGCAUCUUGAAAGAACCAGAUAUCGUUAUCCCUGGAAUCCCAGUUUUCUUUAUCGUAUCAAGGAGCUCCAGCUUUUAUAAAGAUUUCAGAACCGGGAAGUGGGCUCCCCCAUGGCUUCAUGACUGAGACACUUUCUUGCAGCCGAAGUUUGUUUUUCUGUUUUGUAGCUGUAGCAAAGCAUCUUGUGAUUUACGAAUUAGAUGACGAGUCUGUGUGAUGACAAGUCUUAAAGUCUUGAGUGUUGUUACAGUGUUGGAUCUAUCACUUCCCAAACAUAGUUUUGUUUUGUUCUUUAUACUAAUCAAUUUCCGUGAACACUUAAAAUUUCUCUUGUUUCCGCUGUUGAAGAACUGCGACCUUGUCAAGCUUAACAGUCACUGCUCCAAGAGCCGAAGAGCUCUAAAUAGACUUCUCUUGUUUUUGUAUUAUCUUUGGAAAAAUGAAAAGAGAGAAUGAAACUACCUCUAGUCAUAUACCCAUUUGGCUGAACUAAAAUGCAAACUUGGAUUCA